CUUUUAACGUUCUUUAAAGUUGUAAACAGAUUUAUUAAGAGUAUCACCAAAAAUGCAUAAUUUUUUGCGCGUACAAACUACCUAUAUAGUGGGUGUCGCGACGGCUAGCGCCUUUGUGGUGGGUGCGUAUAUUUUAUCAAGAAGCAAGAAGGAAAAAAUACCCAUCAAAUGGAAGGAGGUGGCUUUUUUGGAACAAUUACACUUGUAUCCUUUAAAAAGUGGCAGAAAAAUUGAUUUGGAAACAGCAGAUUGCACUGAUGUUGGCAUAAUGGAAUCCAUUAAGUUUGAUAAAUCUUUCAGGCUAAAAGAUAGAUCUUUGGUUGUAUAUUCUUCCAAAGAUAAGGAAGCUAAAACAGCUAGAACCCACCCAAAAUUAUUAUUAAUAGAAAUAGAAACUACCGAUAUGAACUAUAUUACCAUAAAUGCCCCUAAUAUGCGUACACUAUUCGUUAAAAUACCAAAUAGGGAAGAAAACGAAGUGGUUAAUAUAAUUCAAUUUAAUGGAGAACCCAUUAACUCUAUAGAUUGUGGCGAUGAAGCCGGUCAUUGGUUUUCACAAUACUUGAUAGAAAAAGACGAAGGCAUGAGAUUGGCUUACAAUGAUGGUAAAAAACGAAGAAACGUGGAAAAAUACUACCCCAAGUUGCCAAAGUAUUACAAGAACUUUGGCAACGAAACCACAGGUCUACAUCACGACAUAGGAACUUUAAUGCUUAUGAACCAAGUAUCUGUCGAUGACCUGAAUCAAAAACUUGAUUACGAUAAGCAGAUAUCAACAACACAAUUCAGGCCAAAUUUUAUAAUCAACGGUAAGGAUUUAAAACCGUUUGUUGAAGACGAUUGGGACUGGAUAAAAAUUGGCGAUGUAAUCGUACGAAGCGUAAUGGAAUGUACGAGAUGCAUGAUGACAACUAUAAACCAAGAAACUACUGAAAGGAAUAAGGAUAUGGAGCCACUGAAAACACUCAAUACAUUCAGAAAGACUUCUGGACCCCAGAGAGGCCCUCCAAUGGGCAUCUACCUAAAACUAAUCAAGGGAGGCGAAAUAAAAAGAGGGGACAAAAUAUACGUAGGCACUGACUAAUAAAAAUAUAUCAACG